CGAGGGUUACGGUGCUGCCGGCGCAGUUGCGGACUUCUUGGGCGAAGAGAGCGGGGUCGGAAUCAUCCUGUUUUUUAUAAGUCUCCUUCUUUUCCGUAUGUAAAUGUUGUUGUGAGGGGGAAAACAUACAAUCACACGGCCAUUGAUCCCGAUUAUGUAGUCGAACCACGGCUCGAUAUGUAGUUCUGCUGUUUUGUUGCGGAGGACUUGGAAGCCGAAGUGCCCGAAUGUUGAGUUCUGGGUUGGUGCAUCGGAAUCUAGUCGCGAAAUGAAGCGAUUUAGAGCGUUGAACAUGAUUGGGUAGUUCGGUUUGGGUGUUCAAUUGUUCGUGGUGUGGUUGUAGAGCUUGAGAGUUGGUGAUAUUGAUAGUGAGAGCGAUCUGGUCGCUUCAGCCUUGUUGCAGGGAUUGGGUGGUCUGAGCUUUACCUACGUUAUGUGGGACGAGUUAAUUUUGGGACGCUUUGAUACAGUAGCUUCAUCGAGCUUUCGAGGUUGGGAAGGAGAAUAUUUAAGUGAGAGGUUUUGAAUGCUUUUUUGUUGGUAAUGUAUGCGGUAGGUUUAUGUUUUUGUUGGGAUAUAGAGUUCUUGCCGGUCCUGGGGUUUUUUUACUAACCGAUUUACAGUAUCAGAAAGUGGCAAUAUCAAAACACAUCCAUCACAAGCCACUCGCUUGAAGAACGGCUUCAACCAAGUUGAUGGUGAACUUUGCUUGAGAUUCAUCUGAAAAGAACACAGGUCGGGAUUUGACCCCACUGGUUGGUUUGUUGGAAGGGAGAUUGUGUCAACAACUAUUCCAUCUGCUCCGUCGCGACUUGGAAUUGGAAGGAUACAACUCCUAUCUGAGGAGCCGUUUACGUGGGCAUCUCAUCACCCAAGUAAAUAUCGCAAUCAAAACGUUGCUGCUCUUCUAUUUUGCUAAAUAAGGGAGAGCUCUAGAGUAAUAGCGCAAGACCCAUCAUCCCUGAAAAGGCUCUUCAGAGAGUCUAUCAGGCCUUCGAAAUGGCGAAGAAAAACGGGAAACGAAAGAGAGCGCAAAAUCUCGAAGCUGAAUCCGAGUUUGAAAUAGCUGAGGACUACUCACUUGAAACUGCCAACCUAGCAUCCAAUCCAUUUCCACUCACGGAUGAAUGUCACCACUAUACACGGCGUCAAGACGUACCUUGGGAUAUCCAAAAGUAAGUUGGCAACAUAUCUUUUGGCGAAUCAAGGCUAAUCUACAAAUAGAUACUGGGCUCAGAGAUAUAGCAUCUGGUCCGCAUAUGAUUAUGGUAUUCAAAUGACGGACGAUGCGUGGUUUGGUGUCACUCCAGAGCCUAUUGCAAAGUAUGUCUUUCUAUACCCCCUAAUUACAUAUUACUCUAACAUCCUCCCUCCAGUCAAGUAGCCAAAGAUCUCCAGCAAUACACACCCUCCAAGAAGAUCGUCAUCGACAUCUUCGCCGGCGCCGGUGGAAACGCCAUAGCAUUCGCCCUCUCCGGACACUGGGACACCAUCAUAGCAAUCGAGAAGAACCCCUCCGUUCUCGCCUGCGCCCAACACAACGCAACAAUCUACCAGGUAGCCGAUCGCAUAACCUGGGUCAACGCCGAUUGCUUCGCCUACCUCUCCUCACCCACCUCCCAAAUCGACACCUCAAGCACCGUAAUCUUUGCCUCCCCCCCAUGGGGAGGCCCAGGCUACACCUCGGACGAAAUCUUCAAUCUCAGCACCAUGCUCCCCUACUCCGUCCAAGAAAUUCACCAAGCCUGCAAAGGAAUGCCCACCGCUCUCUUCCUCCCUCGAACCAGUGACCUCAAUCAACUCGCCCGGCUCUCACCGAAUAAGGAUGAGAAAUUCGAUGUGGUGCAGUAUUGUAUGGAGGGAGCGAGUAAAGCGCUCGUGGCUUAUAUCCCUGCUGUUAUUUCCUGAUGUCCAUACUUGUACUGUACAUACCGUACAUAGAAAGAUGCUUGUCUGGUCUUGGGUGUAGAUAUCGGUAUUCUGGCAAAUGCGGAAGUGGAAGGGCGUUAUCACGUUGUCUUGCGUUGCAUUGCAUAUUAGGCGAGGACUACUACUGGUUUUCUUUCCUUUCCUUUUCUUUGGUUGCAGUCCAGCAGUGCCAUCCAUGAUCUAGCAGCGCAGCGUAGCGUAGUACUCGUACUGUAGAAAUAAUAUCGUGGCCUGGGAGC